CGCCGGGAAGCGCUCUGCCGACAUGUCGACUUUCUACCUGAGCCUCGCGGCGGCGACCCUGUGCCUCUCCUGCGCGGCGGCCCCGCGCGGUCCCGGGCCCGACGAAGCGGUGUGGAGGGAGCCCGGAGAAGCCGUGACCGUCCGGUGCCGAUCUUCCCAUCCGAAGCCCGAGUACCUGAGUCUGAUGACGGGUCGCGGCGCCGGCGGCCGCGGCGACGUAAGGGUCCUGUUCAAAGACGACCAGCCGGGCGGCGGCACCGUCGCCCCCGAAUACCGAGGCAGACUUCGGUGCAGCGAAACGUUUCCGGACGUGGACGUCGUCAUCGACCCUGUGACUCCCGCCGACGCGGGGCGGUACGAGUGUGUGUAUUUGAAAUACGAUCGCCAACGGCGACCCGUGGAGUUGCCGGGCACGGGGUCGGUGUUCCUGGUCGUGCCGCAGCCGUCGUCGCCGGGCGAGAGGUGUCGAGACGAGCGAUGGGAUGACACCCCCCCUACGACACUGGCGACCUGCGCCUUUGUUGUCCUGGUCGUCGUCGUCAUCGCGUGGUGCUUCGCGUGGACGCUCCUGAAGGCGUGCAGGAUGUCGAAGGAAGCGCUGCGGCGGUGGCGGCAGCGGCAGGAGAGGAAGAAGCUGCAGCGGUUCCCCCUCGACGACGUGUACGAGGACAUGAACGCGACGGUGGCGCGCUAGAGACAUCGGCCGACCGGGGCAGAGAGAGAGAGAGAGAGAGAGAGAGCGAGAGAGAGAGCGAGAGAGAAA